ACGUUUUCAAAGUUUAAAUAGCACAUUUGCAAUACCUAAUUUAUUGUAUGUACGUCCAAUUGGCAUUGUCUAAUUAAUUUUAUCGUAAGUUACUGUUUAUGAGCCUCUCAUUGUUGUUGUUUUUUCUUCCAUACUUAUUUGAUAUUAAUUACUUCGGCACAAAUGAUCUACUUGUUGAUACAGUAAUACUUCUAUAAAUAGAUACAGAAACACUUUUUGUUUCCUAUUUUCAAAAAACAAUGCGCAAUGUAAAACAGUAUUUAAACUUUAAACGCUCAAUGCUUGAAAACAAUGAACACAUUGUAAUUGAUAGGGUGUAUCGACAGAUAAUGAGAUCAAAGUCGUAUAAUCUAAGUUUUUUUUUGUUUCUGUUUGAACUUUCACACAAAAUUAAAUAAUUUGUUUAACUUUAUUUCAAAGUGUAGAAUUGUUACAAAUUGAAAAAAAAUCGGAUUUUUUUUGUAUUAUAUUAAGAAAGUUGACCCGCAAAGAUAAUGGGUAGACUAGCUAGUUGUUUACGGAUUGUCGUCAUUGUGUGGAACUGUUUAUUAAUGAUUGUUGGCUUAUCAGUAUUUGCUGGUGGACUGUUCCUAAGAUUCGGUGAUUCAGCAGGAGACCGUAUUGUCGAUGGCAAGGCGUCACAUAUUGAACGUUCCCUCAACAGUUCUGGAUUUGGUCUUGUUGAACUUGACGUCAACUGGUCCUCAGUGCUGUUUGAAACGGCUUUAAUAUUCACAUUCUGUGGAUUGGCAAUUAUCAUUGUUACGGUGCUGGGGUGCUGUGGAGCGUGUUACGUCAUCAAAUGCAUGAUCAUAUCUUAUGUCGUUGUGUGUUCUCUUUUGUUGGUCGGGCAAGCAGUCACGGUAGGAUUAAUUUAUGGUUCGCCAAAAACGAUACAAGACUCAAUGAAAGACGAUUUAAAGAAAGGUAUACAGUCUGAUUAUGGUGGUCUCAAUGGAACUAAUCUUGUGACACAAGCAUGGAACAUUGUUAUGCUACAGAUGAAAUGUUGCGGUGUUGACAGUUAUGAAGAUUUUACGGGAGCUUCAAAUUGGAUCACCGACUACACGUCUAACACGCCUUCAGUUACUCUGAAAACACCAUUAGCGUGUUGUAAGACACUACCUACAAGUGAAGACUUUACGUGUGCUGGGUCAUCCGCUUCUAGUACCGACAAUUAUUUAAACACAGGUUGUUUUGAUGAAGUUUGGGACUUCUUAUUUGGUAAUAAAACUACUGGAAUCGCGGUAUUUUGUUCCAUCUGCGGAUUACAGUUGCUGCUGAUCAUUCUAUCUGCUGCAAUAUUGUGCUCGGACACAACUGAAUACAGAAAUAAGGUCAGACCAGUGGUUAAACCCAAGCCUCCCAAAGACACAAAAAUAAUCCGACCGGCAAUGUAUGACCGCGUUAGUUUCAGAGAAAUGGCGGAUUAUAAAAGUAAAUAAAUUGACGAAAUUGUGGAAAAUGAGUGUCCGGCAAGCGCGAACACUUCGUUUAUCAUGAACGGAAAAGAUAUUGAAAAGUAGCUGACCAGACAUUGAUUUUGUUACGAUUAAAACUGAUUGUUUUAAAAUUUAAUAAAUGUAUUAAUUUCUUCGUGUUUUUUAUGCAAUUAGCAUGUCUAUUCAUACGAAUUCACUUGC